CACACACACACACACACACACACACACACACACACACACACACAGGCCACACAUGUCCCCUGAGGAAAAGUUGAGGUGCUGCUCUGUGAUCUUGCUCAAGAACGGAUAUAAAUCUUUAAACACAAGGAAGAGAAAGAGAGGAGAGCCAUGUCCUCCGCUGUGGUGAAGUCCAGAAGCAGGAACCCGUACACAGCGGUGCGGGUCGACCCAGACAGUGAUUACAUCACACCGGGAACGUUAGACCUGGAGCAGCUGUUCUGGGCUGGUAACGGGGCUCAGUACGCACAUGUCAACCAGGUCUGGCCCAGUCUCUACAUCGGGGAUGAGAAAACAGCUCUGGAGUGUCCUGGCCUGAGGGAUCUGGGCAUUACACAUGUCCUUAACGCAGCAGAGGGAAAGUUUAAUAAUGUGCUGACUGGCGCCGAUUACUACUGUGACAUGGACAUCCAGUACUUUGGUGUGGAGGCCGAUGACAAACCCACCUUCAACAUCUCCCAGUACUUCUGCCCAGCAACACAGUUCAUUCACGACGCCCUCAGUCACCCACAGAACAAGGUGCUGGUGCACUGUGUGAUGGGUCGGAGCAGGUCUGCAACUCUGGUCUUGGCAUAUCUGAUGAUGCAACACAGCUUAUCAGUGGUGGACGCUAUUGAGCAUGUGCGACAGCGCCGCUGCAUCCUGCCCAAUCAUGGAUUCCUGAAACAGCUCAGAGCCCUGGACAUCACAUUACAGGAGGAGAGGCUCAGGCAAAAAAGAGAGAUCCAAGACCAAUAAUACAAAAUGAAAGAUAAUAUGCCUGUUUACUACUUCAGUUUUCCCUCUUCAAUCUGAGGUAACCAAAAAUGUUCCAUGUGUUUCCCUAACUAUUGUAUCUUUAAAUUGUGUUUUUCAAACAGUCAUUCAAAUAAAGUUUAUAUGUUAAACUGAAGAAACCGGCAUCCCACAAGCUUAAUAUUUGUGUGAAAUCAUGCAGGACAACGGAGUUACUGUUCAGCAGUGGUAGAGGAAGUAUUCAGAUCAUUUACUAAAGGAAAAGUAGUAUCA